AUGUAUGUCACAGCUGUCAUGUCCCAAACGCAGCUCAAGCAUCUGGCUGCAACUGGCCAAGAAAACUGGUUGUAUUUUGAGGCCACAGAAAUAUGCAGGAAAAUAGGAUUGAGCCUGGGGAAAACAGUACCGGGUCAGCCGCCAGCCGGUCAAUUCACGGUCGCGCACCCGCCAGCCGUCAAAUGCCGGUCCCUCCAAUUGCCAGCCAGGGCAGUGCUUGGUCUCUCCAAUCCCCAGCCCACCAAACCGCGGUCCGGUCACCCAAUUGUCGGGGCACCCCAACAAUCGGUCACCCAAUUGUUGGGGUUCCUUGACAAUCGGGUGACCGGACCGCAGUUUGGUGGGCUGGGGAUUGGAGAGACCAAGCACUGCCCUGGCUGGCAGUUGGAGGGACCGGCAUUUGACGGCUGGCGGGUGCGCGACCGCUCACUGGCCUCAAAAUACAACCAGUUUUCUUGGCCAGUUGCAGCCAGAUGCUUGAGCUGCGUUUGGGACAUGACAGCUGUGACAUACAUGACAAAAACUUUGCUACACAGAAGAAUGAAAUCAUUCAUUGCCUUGUUCGCCCUCAUCUGCUUCGCCGCCAUUGUAUCGAAAUCCACAAAUGCAUCUCCAAUUCAAGAUUCUGCUGAAUCCAAGGAUAUUUGUUGUUUCGGUUGCGUCAAUUGCAAGACUGAACUCAACGAAAAUAAGGACAUUUGUUGCGACGUCUGCUACAUUUGCAAGGAUCAUGAAGGAGUUCAUCAGUCCGAUGAAUCUAAAAUGUUCCUGGCUCGCAUUUCAUCGCAGAUGAAAUCAUUCAUUGCCUUUUUUGCCCUCGUCUGCUUCGUCGUCGUCGUUUCGGAUUUGACAGACGCAUCUGAAAUUCAAGAUUCCGCUGAAUCCAAGGAUAUUUGUUGUUUCGGUUGCGUCAAUUGCAAGACUGAACUCAACGAAAAUAAGGACAUUUGUUGCGACGUCUGCUACAUUUGCAAGAAUCAUGAAGGAGUUCAUCAGUCUCAUGGAUCUAAAAUGAUAAUCAUGAAGAGCUACAUCGCAUCCACGCUGAUCUUAGUCGCAAUAUUUGCCUCGUCCGAAGGCAAAAACGUGAAUUUGCCAGCAGCAAAAUGCUUGGGUUGCAUCCAUGAAUUUUGUCCCACGACCAAAAGCUGUUUCCAAGCUUGUGAAAUCGGUAACUGGGAUGCAUGCUAUUCCUGUCUCAGUUCGACGUGUGAAAUUUGCGAUCCGUUGUGCUACCAACAAGUUGAUUAUCAUGACGACGAUCGCACUUGCCCGGAC